AUGACAGUACUGAAGCCUCAAAUCAAGGUGUUGGGCAUCAAUGUUGAGACAAUUCGUCUAUUGCUACAAGUAAUUAUAUUUAUUUCUAUCGCUGGCGCUGCAAUUUCAUCGAGAUUGUUUUCUGUAAUAAGAUUUGAAAGUAUCAUACACGAAUUCGAUCCAUGGUUCAAUUUCAGAGCUACAAAGUAUCUCGUCACUCACUCAUUUUAUGAGUUUUUGAAUUGGUUUGAUGACCGGACUUGGUAUCCAUUGGGAAGAGUAACAGGUGGAACAUUAUAUCCUGGAUUGAUGGUUACCUCAGGUGUUAUUUGGCACACUUUGAGAAACUGGUUCUCUUUGCCCGUCGACAUUAGAAACAUAUGUGUCUUACUUGCUCCUGCGUUUUCAGGCAUAACUGCUAUAUUCACAUAUUUUUUCACGAAGGAAAUGAAAGAUUCCAAUGCGGGUUUGUUGGCAGCGAUAUUCAUGGGCAUUGCUCCUGGUUAUAUUUCCAGAUCAGUUGCAGGGUCAUAUGAUAAUGAGGCAAUUGCAAUUACCUUAUUGAUGGCAACUUUUUACUUUUGGAUAAAAUCUAUGAAAAUAGGAUCGGUCUUCUAUGCAACCUUAACAGCUUUACUCUAUUUUUACAUGGUUUCAGCCUGGGGAGGAUAUGUUUUCAUAACAAAUUUGAUUCCAUUGCAUGCUUUUGUUUUAAUAAUUAUGGGCCGUUAUAAUCCCAGAUUAUAUACGGCUUAUACUACAUGGUAUUCCUUAGGAACGUUGGCAUCAAUGCAAAUACCUUUUGUUGGCUUCCUACCAAUACGCUCAAAUGACCAUAUGGCUGCUCUAGGUGUAUUUGGAUUAAUACAGUUGGUUGCGUUUGGUGAUUAUGUUAGAUCAAAGGUUCCAUCUGAUCAAUUCAGAACUUUUUUGGCUAUAUCUGUGUUCAUCGUAACGGCACUUGGAGUGGGUGCCUUAUCCCUUUUAACUGCGUUGGGUUGGAUUGCACCCUGGACAGGACGUUUUUACUCCUUAUGGGACACCAAUUACGCUAAGAUACAUAUUCCAAUUAUAGCAUCCGUGUCAGAACAUCAGCCGACCGCAUGGCCAGCUUUUUUCUUUGACACAAAUUUGCUUAUAUGGCUUUUCCCGGCUGGAGUAUACUUUUGCUUUCAGGAAUUGAAAGAUGAGCAUGUUUUUGUCAUCAUUUAUGGUGUUUUAUGUUCUUACUUUGCCGGUGUCAUGGUGAGACUUAUGUUAACAUUGACGCCUAUUAUCUGUGUUUCGGCUGCUAUUGCAUUAUCCACUUUGUUCGACGUCUAUCUCAAUAUUGUUGAUCUUUUUAAUUUCAAAUCAAAUCCAGCUAAUGACAAGCCUAAGAAAGCCUCUAAAGAAGCUAUUAAAUUUCCUGUAUUCAAAGUACUUUCCAAGUUGGUUGUUGUUUUGUCUUUUGUCUUUUACCUAUUUUACUUUGUUUGUCAUUGUACUUGGGUAACAUCGAAUGCGUAUUCAUCACCUUCGGUUGUUUUAGCUUCAAGGGGUCCUGAUGGUUCCCAAACAAUCAUAGAUGACUAUAGAGAAGCUUAUUACUGGCUAAGGAUGAAUACUCCAGAGGAUUCCAAAGUUAUGUCAUGGUGGGAUUAUGGAUAUCAAAUUGGAGGAAUGGCCGAUCGUACAACUUUGGUAGAUAAUAACACUUGGAACAACACUCACAUAGCUACAGUCGGGAAAGCUAUGUGUUCUUCAGAGGACGUUGCAUACAAGAUACUAAGACAACAUGAUGUCGAUUACGUGUUGGUUAUAUUUGGAGGCUUAUUGGCUUAUUCAGGUGAUGACAUCAACAAAUUUUUGUGGAUGGUAAGGAUUGCUGAAGGGAUCUGGCCCGAUGAAAUACAUGAAAGGGAUUUCUUUUCAGAUGCAGGUGAAUAUAAGGUUGACGCUCAAGCUUCAAAAGCUAUGAGAAACAGCUUGAUGUAUAAAAUGAGCUACUAUAGAUUUGCUGAAUUAUUCAAUGGCCGUGAUGGCGUUGAUAGAGUGAGGAACCAACAGAUUCCUGCUACUAACCCUCCUGAUUUAAGUGUUCUUGAGGAGGCAUAUACGACCCAAAAUUGGAUCGUAAGAAUAUAUAAGGUGAAGAAUCUUGACAAUGUUGGUAGAGAUUUACAUCAAGCUAGUGCAUUCGAAAAACAACUGCUGAGUCCUUCAAAGAGAAAGAGAAUUGUCAAAAGACCAAAUUUACCGUUAAGGGAAUAA